AUGCCGUACACAGAGGGUAUAACACAGUCAUCGUCCGUGAAGCUAGCUGCAGGCAGAUCACCGGUGACAUCGACAGAGAGUACUACAAUAAGGUCGCCGGCACCGUUAUUAAGUGGAAGGUCAUCAUCAGAUCCAGAUGCUGCACCGUCCAUGUUAGCUCGACGUAGGAGUGGUCUAGUAAAUAACUUAGCAACACUUUCUAGUAGUAUAUUGCCAGCUUUUGGAGUUCUUAUCGGCGGUAAUGAUCUUGACCUCAAAAAAUUCAUCAUCGCACCCCAUGAUCGUCGGUACAGGUUGUGGCAACUGUUUCUUGUGGUUCUAGUCAUAUACUCAGCAUGGGCAUCCCCAUUCGAGCUAGCAUUCCACAAGGUAGCAAUAGGGUCUCUAUGGCCUGUUGAUUUAGUUGUUGAUGGCUUCUUUUCCAUUGAUAUCGUGCUUACUUUCUUCGUUGCCUACAUGGAUAAAUCUAGUUACCUCCUAAUAGACGACCGCAAAAAGAUUGCUGUAAGGUACAUGACCAAGUUUUGGCUUCCAUUGGAUGUAGCCUCAACUUUGCCGUUUCCGCUCAUAUAUAGAGUUCUAACUGGGAAAACAAAAACAGGUGCUGUUUUUGGUUUCCUCAAUCUCCUUCGAUUCUGGCGACUACGCCGUGUUGGCAAGCUUUUUGCAAGGUUAGAAAAAGACACACGUUUCAGCUACUUCUGGACAAGAUACAUUAAACUCAUUUGUGUGACCCUAUUCAUAGUGCACACAGUAGGUUGUUUUCAGUUCUGGAUGGCUACCCAAUACUACGAUAAAGAGAAAACAUGGAUUGGUGCUGAAUUAGGAAAGUUCGAAGACAGGAGUAUCUGGGUUUGCUACACAUAUUCUUUGUACUGGACUAUUACCACUCUAACAACUGUUGGCUACGGAGAUUUGCAUCCCCAGAACACUAGAGAGAAGAUUUUCAGCAUCUUUUUCAUGCUUUUUAACAUUGGAUUCAUUGCGUAUGUCAUCGGUAAUAUGACUAAUCUUAUUGUUCAUAGUCACUAUCGAACUUUUGCUAUGAGAGAUGCAAUCAAUAAAAUAUUGAGAUUCGCUAGCUCGAAUAGACUUCCAGAGAGCUUAAAAGAGCAAAUGAUGGCACACAUGCACUUACAACAUAGAACACAAGAGAUGCAGCAAGACGAAGUGUUUCAAUAUCUACCGAAAGCAAUAAGGUCCAGUAUAGGUCAACAUCUUUUCACAACAACUCUUAAGGAUGGUUGUUACCUGUUCAAAGAAGUUUCUGAAGAUCUUAUUGUUCAGUUGAUUACUGAAAUGAGGGCAGAAUACUUUCCACCAAAAGUUGAUAUUAUUAUACAAAACGAAAUACCGACAGACUUCUAUAUUAUAGUUUCUGGAGAAAUGGACUUGCUGACUUACAAAGAUGGAACAGAACAGGUCCUAUCAAAAUUAGGCCCUUCGGAAAUGGCCGGAGAAAUAGGGGUGAUUUUCAAUAUCCCACAGCCAUUUACAUUGAGAAGCAAGAGGCUUUCCCAGGUUAUUCGAAUAAGUCAUCAGCAUUUUAAGCAAAUUAUGCAGCAACAUGCUGAUGACGGAGCACGAGUCUUCUCGAAUUUCAUUGAGCACUUGAAGACCUUACAAGCAGACAUACUCGAACAAGUUCCCUUUGUAACAGAACUUCUUGGUGAUCACCUCAAUAAUUUACCCAGGCGAAAUAUUUCGAGAGGGAAAGCACCCUCAGUAGCUCGUGAGGGAAAUGAUAAAUUUAAAGGAGUUCCAGUAAAUCCUACCACUUCACGUACCCUCAUGAGGUUGGUAAUCCACGGGCAUCAUCCGGAUGAAUUAAAUACAACAGAAAGCAACAAGCCCGGAAAACUUAUCCAUUUGCCAGGAUCGAUGGAAGAGCUUUUUCAAUUGGCAGAGAAAAAAUUCAGUAAAGCCAGAAGCAAAAUUAGAAUGAGUGAUGGAUCAGAAGUGGAAGAAUUGAACGUUUUAAGAGAGAAUGAUCAUCUGUUCUACUGCUGACAGACGAGCUUCAUUUAAUCCAAAAUUGUAUAAAUUCGCUUGAUGAGACAAGCUUCAUUCAUUACAUCCAACAUUGUAUAAAUUCGCUUGAUGAUUCAAGAAUGUAAAACAAUACUGUAUCAAAUAAUAAAGU